AAAGCGGAUGAGCGGGACCAAAAUACGGAACGCACAAGACAUCAAUGAAGCCGAGAAUGCUCGACCAUUGUGCUUUGUUGUCAUCAUAUCGCCGUUGUUUUGAAUUCCAUCUGAAAUAGCGAGAUAGAAAGGAUUAUAGCAGGGACGGUGAAUGCGCUCCUAGUCCUUUGCCUAGUCGUUCUUACGCAUAUCCAUCAUGACUGGUAAGGAUUCAAAAACAGUCAAGGUCACCCCUAAAGCGGCUUCCGAUAACCUGUCGUCAUCGAGCGAGGAAUCGUCGUCGGAAGAGGAGAGCAAUGACCGCUUUACCGACCCAGCUGUCGACCUGCCCGCCGACUACUGGCAGAUUCAGAAGCUCGUCAAGUACCUUAAGGCCGGCAACCAGACGGCGACGGUGAUCGCGCUCUGCGCCCUGCGGGACCACCAGAUCGACCAGGAGGUGUGUCAGCUGGCUCUGCGCGACGUCGGCGGCCUCGAGGUGCUGCUCAACAUCCUCGAGACCAACGACGUCCGGUGUAAGAUCGGCUCGCUGAAGGUGCUCAAGGUGAUCUCGAGCCACCCGGAGGUGCGCCGCUCCAUAGCCAGUCUGGGCGGCCUGGAGACGCUCGUCACCCUCUUCUCCAGCCCGUCCAACCAGCUGAAGGCGCUGGCGUCCGAGACGAUCGCCAAUGUGGCGCAGUUCCGCUGGGCGCGACGUAUCGUGCGCAAGAGCGGCGGCGUCCCCAAACUGGUUGACCUGCUGGACGUGGACAAGGCGGUGCUGACCCAGCCUAUGGAGUCGCUGACACCGAAGCAGCUUGAGAAGCUGGAGGUGGCCAAGGGUGGCGCGUUAGCCCUCUGGUCCCUCGCCAAGGCGAGGAAGGUGAAGGAGUGCAUCCGCAUGGCGGGCGGCAUCACGCUGCUGGGCCGCCUGCUGCAGUCGGUGCACACCGAGCUGCUCAUCUCCGUCAUGGGCAUCAUCCAGAUGUGCGCCUCCGAGGAGAGCUACCGGCUGGCGAUCCGGGAGGAGGGCAUGACGCGCAACCUGCUGGACCACCUGCACAAGGACAACAUCAAGCUGCAGAUCCACGGCGCCUUCGCCAUAUUCCAGUGUGCGGAGGACCCGGACGUGUGCCGGAUGGUGCGCGAGUUCAACGGCCUGGAGCGGCUGGUGCAGAUGCUGCAGAUGCCCGAGGCGAGUGACAACCUGGCCAUCACCAUCUCGGCCACAGGAGCUCUCUGGAAGUGCGCCAUCGACCCCAAGAAUACCAAGAAGCUCAACGAGCUGGGCAUCGUCGACAGGCUCGUGCCCCUGCUCAACAACGAGAACGAACAGAUUCUGGUGAACACGGCCGGCGCGCUCGGCGCCUGCGCUCAGAUGGAGGAUGUCCGUACCAACAUCAAGAACGCCUCGGGCAUCAGGCCGCUGGUGCACCUGCUCACCGAGACCAACACGGCCCUGCUGGUGAACGUGGCGCACGCCAUCGGCGCCUGCGCCGUGGACGCCGAGAGCAUGGCCACGAUCGACGCCCUGGACGGCGUGCGGCUGCUGUGGUCGCUUCUGAAGAACCCGAGCUACAAGGUGCAGGCGGCCUCCGCCUGGGCAAUCUGUCCCUGCAUCCAGAACGCCACGGACGCUGGCGAGAUGGUGCGCUCGUUCGUGGGCGGGCUGGAGCUGAUCGUGGGCCUGCUCCGCUCGCCCGACCCCGAGGUGCUCGCGUCCGUCUGUAACGCCAUCUCGGAGAUCGCUCGCGACGAGGAGAACCUGGCCGUCAUCACCGACCACGGCGUCGUGCCGCAGCUCUCAACACUGGCGCACACAGACAACGACCGGGUGCGCCAGUACCUGGCCAAGGCGAUCGCCUGCUGCUGCCAGUGGGGCCAGAACCGGCUGCAGUUCGGCAAGCAGAAGGCCGUGGCGCCGCUGGUGCGCUACCUGGCCAGCAAGGACGCGCAGGUGCACCGACCGUCGGCGCUGGCGCUCUUCCAGCUAAGCAAGGAGCCGCGCAACUGCAUCACGCUGCACGAGAACCAGGCGGUGAGCCCGCUGCUGGCCAUGUGCGGCUCGGCCGACGAGCAGCUGCAGGAGCACGCCGCCGGCUGUCUGCGCAACAUACGCCUGCUCGCCUCGGCCAUACACAACCAGGAGGUGGACAACCGGCUGGCCAAGGAGCGCCAGGAGGAGAGCACGGCGCCGGCGGCGGAGCAGACCGCCCAGUAGAAGUCGACGGGAGGAGGGGAGUCUGGGGCGUGGGCCGUGACGGGGUGGUACAAAUCAGGCGCCCGUGGUUAUUUUGAUUUGACGCGUGAUCGUCGGUAAUAUCUAGUCAUCGUUUUGUAUUUCGCCUGAAACUACGAUCGGGGUAAUGUCUAGUCAUCGUUCUGUGUCUCGUCUAGAAAUGCAAUCGGGGUCAGUGGGGAAAUUAAAGACUGGUUGAAAUCAUGUAGCUUGUUGGACGCACUGUCCAGACGGCAACGAGCAUGUUCAAUACAUACGUCAUGAUCUC